UAGUCUUGGGAAUGGAUUGGUUACGUGCAAAUGAGGUUAUUCUGGAUUUCCAGGAUAACACAGUUUCUUUCACCAAGAAUGGUGAACCAAUCCAGUGGCAGGUGUCUGUCGACACAACCAUCCCGGUGGUUCAAAUUACGAAAAGUCCAGACGUGUGCUUUGCUCUUGCAUGUCAAUUCGGACAGCAUUACCGCAUUGCUAACACACUUUUCGUCGUACAGCUCGAGGAAGCUGGAACCCCAACGCCAGACAUUGAGGAUUUUCCACCUCAGAUGAAGGUACUGGCGGAUGAGUUUAAGGAGGUUUUUGAGUCUAUUCCAGACGGACUCCCUCCUGACCGCGCCGUGGGCCACACCAUCCCUGUGGAGCCUGGAAAGCUCCCACCGUUUCGACCUCUGUAUCGCCUCAGUCCAGCUGAGUACGAGGAGGCUAAACAACAGAUUGAGGAGUACCUCAGGAAGGGAUGGAUUGAGCCAAGCGCAUCACCAUAUGGAGCACCAAUCUUGUUCGUUAACAAGAAGGGUGGUGGCUUACGCAUGUGCGUCGACUACCGCGCCUUAAACAAGAUCACGAUCAAGAACAGAUAUCCUCUUCCAAGGAUAGAAGAUAUGUUCGAUCGACUCCAGGGUGCUCAGUGGUUUAGCGCGUUGGAUCUGGCACAAGGGUACCACCAACUGCGCAUCACUGAGGAAGAUGUUCCCAAGACGGCGUUCCGUUCGCCGUUUGGCCAUUUUCAAUGGCCACACUCAACACCUAAAAUGGGUGCUAGGAAGUUGCGAGAACACAAGUUCUAUGCUCGUUUAUGGAAAUGCCAUUUCUACAAACGCGAGCUGGAAUACCUCGGUCAUCUUGUCGGGAACAACGGACUUAAAGUCGACCCCAAGAAGGUGGUGGCUGUUCAGAAUUGGCCCGUCCCACAAGACGUGGGCCAGAUCAGGUCCUUCCUAGGCCUGGCCAAUUAUUUCCGCCGGUUCUUGGAAAAUUACUCGACUGUCGUUGCCCCUCUGACAGCACUCACCCGAAAGGGUAGUGCAUGGGAGUGGACUCGACAAUGCCAAGAGGCAUUUGACAAAGUCAAAACAAAGCUGACCAAUGCUCCGGUUUUGGUAUUGCCAGAUCCUUCUAAACCCUAUGAGGUGGUCACAGACGCCUCGACAGUAGGGAUUGGGGCGGUACUCUUGCAGGAGGGCCGUCCAGUGGCAUUUGAGAGUAGGAAACUCUCCCCGGCAGAGCAGCGCUAUAUACGACGUCAGAACAAGAGUUGCUGGCGGUCGUGCAUGCGCUGCGAACAUGGCGAUGUUAUCUGGAAGGUGUGGAGUUUGUGGUCACGACAGACCACUGUCCGAACACCUAUUUCUCUACUCAAGCCACGCUCACUCGGCGCCAAGCCCGCUGGGCAGAACUCCUUAGUGGGUUCACAUUCGAUAUUCGAUAUCGUGCAGGUUCUACGAACAUGGCUGACCCCCUCAGCAGACACCGAUAGGGGCAGCGACUGGGCUUGAUGAAACCGAGGAUAAGGCAGUGGUUGCUG